AUGACUGGAUCUACGGCGCCCGCGGGCUCCGCCAUGACGGCGGCGUCUUUCCCGCCGCCUCGGGCGGCGGUUUUGGCGGGCGAGCCUUCUCUGCUGACUCAACAGGGGCGGCAGCUUUCUUCGUCCCCUGAGUCCGCCACCCCUGCGCCCUCUUCUUCAGGCGGCAGCGCGAGCAUGUGUGGUUCGUCCCCCUCUCCCGAGCACCCUUCUCUCUCGUCUUCUCUUCCUUCUUCGCCGAACCCCGCGGUUAUGAGUUCGCCGAGUGCAGAGGGCGGUGAGGCCGCCUCCGCGGGCUCGGGAGGGUCGCAGUCUCUCUACUCCUCUCCGUCUCCCUCCGCGUCGUCUGCCGGCGCUUCCGCCGUCUCUUCGCCUCCGCUCGCGAACGGCUUCGCGACCUCUGCUUCCUCACCGUCGCCGUCUCCGCCGACUGUGCGGCGGCCGUUUGGGUGCAGCGGCUCUUCUCUCUCUGCCGCCGGCGCUCGAGAGCAGGAGGGCGGGGGGGGCGACGUGGAGCGCGCGGGGGCCCGCGGCGGCGUCUCCAGCGCCCAAGGCGCCCGUGGAGGCGAACGAAGCACCGUCUACGGCGGGCUGCAUGCGUCGCUCUUCCCGCCUCUCUCAGCGGCUACCGCGCCUCCGCCCCGGGCGCCGGGCGCAGCGGCAGGGGCGGUGGCGAACGCGCAGACCGCCUCUGAGCUCAUUGGCGGGCCGCCGAGUCUCUGGGAGGUCUACUGGACUCCGGACACGAAGCUGCCCUACUUUUACAACGCCAUCACGAAGCACGUUCAGUGGCAGAGGCCGCUGCCACCAAAGGAGUACGUGGAUCGGCUGGGGAAUCCCGACAUUCCGGAUCUCUCCUCUGCGCCGACGCCCUUCCCACCCGGGGGGGUCUCAGGCGGCGGUCGGUCGGGCGCGGUGCUGUACGGCCCACUGGGCAGCAACCUGUUUGUGUACCACAUUCCGCCGGAGUGGACGGAGCAGCAGUUCUUUCGGCACUUUGCGCCUUUCGGAAAUGUCAUUUCGUGCAAGAUUCAGACGAACUCUCAGACUGGCAAGCGCAGUGGCUUCGGCUUUGUGAGUUACGACAACCAAGCGAGCGCCAUUGCCGCGAUUCGAGCCAUGAACGGCUAUGCAGCGUGUGGCAAGUUUCUCAAGGUGCAGCUGAAGAAGGGCGAAGAACAUCUGCUUCCGCCAGAUCUCGCAGCUCAGCAGACGUUUGCGCCGCAUUCCUCCUCCUCUAGCGGCAGUGGUGCACAUCCGUCGCAUGCCUGA